AUGCGUAUUAUUUGUAAAAACUUCCACAAAAUCUGCAGCAAAUUUAGGAAAAUGAUGAACAAAUCGUCUAGUAACCGUGGGAUUCCCCCGGUCAAAACUUCCAUUGUAAACUUAAGUUCUCAAAAUGUUAAUAAUUUACUUAAAGUUUUGCCUACACCCAUUAAAAGCGAAAGCGAUAAUAAAGACUAUAAGGUUAUUCAGUUGCAAAACGGCCUUAUUGCUUGUUUAAUUGCUGACAAGCCUUUGCUCACUGAUGAGGAUGAAGAAAUGUGUGAGGAGGAAGAAAUGGCUGAGUGUAGUAGUGAGGAGGAAGAUAGUGGUACUUCUGAAGACAGUGAUGAUGAAGACAUGGACACUGAAGAAGAAGACCAAGUCCGACACUGCAAACGUCCUGAACAAAAAUUAGCAGCCGCAGGCCUGUGCAUCAAUGUAGGUAGUUUCAGUGACCCAAAAGAUGUACCUGGAAUGGCCCAUUUCCUCGAACACAUGGUAUUCAUGGGUAGCGAAAAGUACCCCAAAGAAAACUCUUUUGAUGAGUUUAUUAAACUACACGGCGGCAGCGACAAUGCAAUUACAGAUGCUGAAAAUACAGUUUUUUAUUUUGAAUGUUUAGACAAACAUUUAGAGGAGGCUUUAGAUAGGUUUUCACAAUUCUUUAUAAGUCCUUUGAUGAAAAAAGAAGCUAUGACCCGGGAAAGGGAGUCUAUUGAUUCAGAGUUUCAAUUGGCUGUGCCUUCAGAUAGCUCUAGAAAAGAGCAACUAUUGUGCUCUUUAGCAAAAACAGAAUCUCCUGUUAAUAGUUUUGCUUGGGGCAACUUAAUUACGCUUAGAGAUAAUGUAAAUGAUGAUGAAUUAUAUGAAAAGGUGCACGAGUUUCGUAAAAGGCAUUAUUCUGCUCAUAGAAUGACUCUGGCAGUACAAGCCCGAAUGAGUUUAGAACAAUUAGAACAAUAUGUUGUUAGAAUGUUUUCUAAUGUGCCUAAUAAUCAAUUGCCUGGGGAUAAUUAUGGAGAUAAAGAUGUUUUUAAUACUGCUGCUUUUAAUAGGCUUUACCAUGUGGUGCCUAUAAAGGAUUUAUACAAAGUUGAUAUUACUUGGGCCUUGCCCUCUCUUUUGAACAAAUACAAAAGCAAGUCGCAACAUUUUUUGUCACAUUUGUUGGGAGAUGAAGGCAAGGGUAGCUUAUUGUCAUAUUUAAAAAAGAAGCUUUGGGUUAUUAGUUCUUCAAGUGGCAACAGUGAAAGUGGCAUUGAGCAUAACUCCCUUUAUACGCUUUUUACGAUUAAUUUAAACCUCACAGCUGAAGGCUUUAAGCAUUUAAAUCAAGUAAUUGAAGUUGUUUUUUCCUAUAUUAAAAUGCUUAAGCAAAUUGGGCCCCAGCAAAGAAUUUUCAAUGAGCUGCAAGUUAUAAUGAAUACAAACUUUAAGUUUAUGCAAGAGCAAAAUGCCAUCGAUAUUAUUGAAGAUAUGUGUGAAGCAAUGCAAUAUUUUGCCUCUGAAGAUUAUAUUACAGGAUCUGAAUUGUAUUAUGAGUUUGAUCCUGCCACAAUUCAAAUGAUUUUAGAUCAAAUGUGUCCAGAAAAGGCAAAUUAUAUGGUUUUUAAGCGUUUAGAUGAUAAGGAAAUUGAGAAUUGUCAAACCGAAAAAUGGUUUGGAACUAAGUAUUUUGUCAGAGAUAUACCUCAGGAUUGGUUGAAGCAAUGGCAAAAUGCUCCGCUUAUUCCAGAGCUUUCAAUACCUCCCGUGAAUUGUUUUAUUACAACAGAGUUUAGUAUUUUGCCUGAUGUUGAUAAUAAUCCUGAAUUUCCUACGAAAAUUUUGCAAAGUGAUUUGGUUGAGUUAUGGUAUAAAAGAGAUAUGAAAUUUAAAUUGCCUAAAGCCCAUUAUUAUUUCUAUUUAAUAACUCCGCUGUCAUUGAAGAGUGCUAAAAACUCUUGCAUGUUAUUUGCUUUGGUGAAUCUUCUAGUCAUUGAUAUAGCUGAGGAAAUUUAUCCUGCAACUUCAGCCAAUUUGGCUUGUAGCUUUGCUGAAUUUGAAAAAGGCCUUACCAUAAAAAUACAUGGCUUAAAUGAAAAAUUGCCUAUAUUAAUAAAACUUGUGUCUAAGUAUUUGAAGAAUUUGCCUGCCAGGAUUACUGAAGAGAUGUUUGAAGUCAUCAAAGAUAAACUGCUAAAGUAUUGCAAUAAUACUUUAUUAAAGCCUGACGUAAUUGCAAGAGAAAUGAGGCUGAAUUUGUUGGUUGAUAAGCAUUGGGAUCCUUUAGAGCGUGUAAAGGCAAUGUCUGAAAUCACUUUUGAAGAUAUAAAAAAUUAUAUUGAAGAAUUUUUGAAGACUUUUUAUGUUAAAGUCCUGGUGCAAGGCAAUGUUGAUAGUGAUACAGCUAUUACAACAAUUGAUCAGUUUAUUAAAACUCUAAACUAUAAUCAACUAAACAAACAAGACAUUCCUUUAUUCAAAGUAACUAAACUCGAUAAAGGCGAAAAAUGUCUCAGACUGAAAUGUUUCGAGCCAUCAAACCGUAACUCAAUAAUCACAAACUACUACCAAUCAGAUUUAUACAGCAUAGAAACCAGUAUAAUGUUUGAUAUAGUUUCAAUGAUAAUAGAAGAACCUUUGUUUGACAUAUUGAGAACCAAAGAGCAAUUAGGCUAUGAUGUUAGUUGUACAGUCAGAGACACUUUUGGGGUUUUAGGUUUUAUAAUAAAAGUUAAAGCCUCAGCUACAAAAGUAACCACUGAAUUUGUAAAUCAAAGAAUUGAAGCUUUUUUGAAGCAUACAAAAUCUUUGUUGGCCAACUUAAAUGCAGAAGACUUUGAAAAAAUCAAAACUAAUCUAAUUAAAACAAAACGCUGCACUGAUGUACAUUUACAAGACGAAGUCGAAAGGAAUUGGGAGGAAAUCACAAAUGAAUAUUACACAUUUGAUAGAAUUAAAAAAGAAAUCGAAGCAAUUGAAUGUUGUGGUUUGAAGAAACUGCGUAAAUGGUGGGAGGCGCAUAAUUCCAAGAAUUUAAGAAAGUUGAGUGUUCAAAUUGAGGGGUGCAAAGAUACAGAAAAGUCUGAGGAGAUUCUCGAGUUGAAGUUGCAAUUGAUUUCAAACGAAAUUGAAGCUACUGCUAGAAAGGAUAAAAGCUAUUUUAUUACGGAUAUUGAAGGGUUUAAGAAAAGUGCUGAUGUAUUUAGUGUUAGAUGA